CCGCCCGCCGUGCAGAGGCGCCCGGCCGGGCAGGGGCUGUGGUACGAGAAGGCGGCGGCCGGGGACAGGAGGCUGGGAAGGGUGGUGACCAUGGCCAGGUCGCGCAAGCUGCGCGAGCAGCACGGCGCGGUGCUGCUGGAGGGGCCGCGGCUGAUCCGCGACGCGCUGCAGGCCGGCGCCGCGCCGCGCACGCUCUUCUUCAGCGCCGUGGAGCAGCUCAGGGCGCUGCCCGAGGACCGGCUCAAAGGCGCCAACUUGGUCAAGGUCAAGUUCGARGACAUCAAGAGCUGGUCCGACCUCGUCACUCCUCAGGGGCUCCUAGGGAUCUUUUCCAAGCCUGACUACACCAAGAUGGCCUAUCCUGCGGAUCAGCUCUCCAACUCACUGCCCUUGGUGCUCAUCUGUGACAACAUCCGAGACCCAGGGAACUUGGGGACUAUUCUGAGAUCUGCAGCUGGAGCAGGCUGUGAAAAAGUGCUGCUCACCAAAGGCUGYGUGGACGCCUGGGAGCCCAAGGUGCUGCGUGCUGGCAUGGGAGCUCACUUCCGAGUGCCCAUCAUCGCCAACCUGGACUGGGAAUCGCUUCCCGAGAAGCUUCCCGCGGAUAUCCGGGUCUGUGUGGCCGACAACAGAGACACCGGCACGCAGACCGAGCCGGAGCCCGCGACGGGGAGCACUCCUGGCACCCUGGAAUCCCAUCCCGGGGCUCGUCCUGGGGCGGGCGAGGCCGCGGCGGCAGCGGGAGACGCUGGGAUGGYGCUCGCGGCGCAGCAGUACCACGAGAGCUGGGCUCGGCCGCCCGUGGCCGUGGUGGUCGGCGGCGAGACGCAGGGGCUGAGCGCGGGCGCGCUCCGCCUGGCCGCCGGCACGGGCGGCAGGAGGCUGGUGAUCCCCGUGGYGCCGGGCGUGGACAGCCUCAACUCCGCCGUCGCCGCUGCCAUCCUGCUCUUCGAGGGCAAGCGGCAGCUGUGCGGGAGCCGCCAGCGAGACGACGAAAGGCAGGAGCUGCCUGCGCCGGGUUGAGCCGGGAGCUGGGAACAGCAUCGCCGGCGUCCUGCUGCGGUCAAUAA